AUGCCUGUGGCGAAUAUUCAAACGGCUGCCCAGGAGCUACCUUCUUCUCCCCUAGGGGGGACUAAGCAAGUUGACCGUCACCACUGCGUCGUUAAGUUCUACGCAGACCCAUAUAUACAAUACAAAUCACCCCAAAAUGUGAUCGGCUUCUGUCAAGACCAGAAGCACUUCGUCGCACGGGACCCGAAUGAUCUUUUCUCCUAUGAACAGUGCAAGGCGGCCCAAGAAAAGAUAAUUAAAGAUAUGAAUGCGUUCUACGACAAAGCAUCGGGGAAGCAAAAUACGGUACGGUUUAAGGAAAUGGGCGGCCGUGCCAAGGUCCAGAAGAAUAGUCAGGGUAUCACAUACUGGGAGUUCAAAACGAAAGAGGGGGUAGAGCAGAUGGACGCGGAGUACAACGUUACAAAAUCGUGUCCAUCGGCUGGAACCAGCUUUCGGCCAGCGUCGUGUGUUCUUCAGAAGCAAAAUCCGUGCAAGAGCAGCCUGCAGGGACAAUUUAUGGUUUCCGACAAUACUGGGUAUGAUCCGGGGUAUCCGGUUAGGAGAGAGCCUACCUGGAACGUGUAG